UGUUUAGGAGCAGAAGGAACACAUUUGGCUUGAAGAGAAGACUUACCAUUUAGUAAGUCAAAUGAAUUCUUUGCAGUGGAUCCCUGUAAUGGGAGGGCUAAUACUAAUUCUAACCUCAUGCAGCUCACAGUUUUUGCUAAAGGACACAUCAACUGAAUCAAGCAGGUGGCGAGAAUACAAAUUGGAACAUUCACAUAUGUUUGCUUCUAACAACAAGCGGCAUUCAGAGGGAACCUUCAGCAGUGACUUUACAAGGCAUCUGGAUAAAAUGAAAGCAAAAGAUUUCGUUCACUGGCUUAUCAAUACAAAAAGAUACAGUUCUGCAAAAAGAGACAUUAAUCAAAAUUCCAGUGGUUUCAGCUACCCUUCUGGAUUUUCACUGUUUAGGUUUGAGGUUCAGCCACUGAACAAAAAACACUAGCAGCUGAAUUGUGAAAAACCACUGCUAUAUUUGGGACAUUAUUCAAGUAUUACUGGAAGUUAAACCAGAAAAAACAUGAAUUCUACUUGUCAUUCUGCCCAAACUAUGUAUAAUUAUCUAUUUUCGUUUUUGGUAAAUAAAUGAAGAUAAUGCAUUUCAUUGGGGUUCCUAUUACCAGAUCCAAAGACCGUAAUCGCGAAUACGAAAAAAGCGACACAUAUUGCGUGAAAUAUGGAAACGCCAAACGUCCAAAACAGCGAAAAUUUAAAUGUCAAAGUGUAAUGGUUGGCCCGUCUGCAGUAUAGCUCUGUAAGGUAAGUGUACGAUAGGACUUUAGGGUUAGGAUGUGGGUU